AUGCAUUUCUCCAAGACUCUCUUCGGCCUCGCUGCCUAUGCCGCCGCUGUCAACGCCGCUACCGUCACCUUCUGGACCCUCGACGACGUUGAGCGUACCGUCUACUUCACGCCCAGCCCUGGUUCUCCCGAGACUGAGCCCGUCACCGUCAGCAACAAGGAGAACACCACCGUCACCUUCCCCGAUGUCUACCGCGGCAACUUCUACGCCGUCCAGCAGGGCCAGGAGAACAAGCCCGGCAUGCUCGGCGAGGUUGCCUUUGGCGGCUUUGGCGGCCUGACCUUCUUCGACGUCUCCGCCAUCGUCGACCCCUCUGACCACGGCAACGUCAAGCAGAUGUGGCCCGCCAACGAGGCCGGUCCCAUGUCUGGCUGCGAGCACUUCCCCUGCGACAACGCCUACUGGCUGCCCGACGAUGUCCAGACCAAGACCGCCCACACCGCCGACCUCAUGACCACCCUUGGUAAGGGCAGCACCGGCGUCACCUUCACCAAAUAA